AUGCAGUCCAUCUUCAACCUCUACACACCGACCUGUCGUCCGUCCAUUGGACCAGACGCCUCCGUGCGUCACUACAGAGCAGUCCUUCCGCCGUCUCUACAGAGCAGUCCGUGUGUCUCCACUGACAUCCGUGCGUCUCUACCAGAGCAGAUCCUCGGCUUCACUACAAAGCAAGCCUCCGUGCGUCUCUACCCUGAGCAUUUUCCGUGGCGUCUCUACCUGAGGCGAGUCGUGUCCCGUAAGCGUCUCUACAGAGCAAGCGAGUCCGUGCGUCUCUACAGAGCAGUCCGAGCGUCUCUACAGAGCAAAGCUCAGUCCAGUGCGUCUCCUACAGAGCACACCGGUCCGUGCGUCCGUCUACUGACGCAGAACCGUGCGACUCUACUGAGCCUAUCCGAGCUCUCUAACAGAGCAUCCGUGCCGUCUCGACUGACAGAGUCUGUGCGACUCUACUGA